AUGUACAAGUUAUUUGCAGCUAACGGCAGCCGGUCUCUGAAGAUAGUAUUUGACAUAAAUACUCACUUGUCGAUGGAAGUAUACAAAUCUUUCAUUCGGGAGGUUGUAAGCUAUUUGUGGUAUGACAUCGAUUUCAAUAAGAACACAUGGACAGACGUUUCUGAAGCUGAAAGAGUUAUCAUAAUUCGCGAUUACAAAUCAUCCCAUGGAUCCAAUUUAUUGGGCGUCACUGAACCAUCGGGUAUGUGCGCCGAUGUUGAUGUGAAUGUUUUUCUUCAAAACCCGACAUUUGUGACGGCCAUUGGAGACAUUAUCCGCUCAUUUACAAAUCAAGUCAACAACGAUGGUGAAGAUGCAAACACAUAG